AUGGGUAUUACAACUAGUCCUAAUAGUAGGCUUUUUUAUCCUGUGUCUGUUCUCGCUUUGCACUUUCCUAGCCUGUCGAAUGAGGCAUAUUGGAUGCCCCGAUUGCUUCGUCGUCUUGGUUACCUGCUUACAAACAGUGCAAUGAUGAAAAAAGCACUCGGAAUGAUCAUCAAGGGGAUUGAUUUAGGGCAAGCACGCAAAAUGGUUUAUAUCCUUGCUGCAUCAGAUUGUUAG